UGGCUUUCUGUCCAGUAAAUAACGAUCUAAUUUCUUUAUUAUUGGUGGAAAUGGGCUCCAAACGUAACAUCGCUGGCAAAAACAAAAAAAGAAAUCGAGAUUUUUAUUUUCCCCUGGUAUGAAUGGGCUCCGCCAUGUGGAGUAAAAUCAAAGUUAAUCGUGAAUUGGGACUUUAAAAAAUGUUUUUGUUGCUGCCCGGUCAAAAUCGAAAAAAGAAGCGACGGCUUUGACGUCUUUCACUUGUUUUGAUUGGAUUGUCGUAGUUUCGCUUGGGCGGGCGAGGGCGUCUCGUCUCGGGCGGUACGUGACGUGACGUGACGUGACGCGACGCAGGUGUUUCGGCCCGCGGCUUGUUAGCGCUAAUCAAGUGGCGCCCCAAGCUUUUGGCGCCAUUUGGGCGGCAACGACGACGACGGCGGCAGGCAGUGGUAGUGGCGGCAUGCAAAAAGGCCUCAAAAAGUAUUUCGUCAACAUGGACGACUACCUGGCCAGCCUCGGCCUCUACCGUAAGAUGGUCGCCAGGGACGCGUCCAGCCUCUUCCGGGCCGUCUCCGAGCAGUUGUACUACUCUCAGAACUACCACCACACCAUUCGUCAGGCAUGUGCUGAUUUCAUGCGGGCAAACGCCUACGUCUUUGAGCCGUUCGUGGAAGGCUCGUUUGACAAGUAUCUGGAGCGCCUGGAGGAUCCUAAGGAGACGGUGGGCCAGGUGGAGAUCAAGGCUCUGUCUCAGCUUUACAGGCGCCGAUUCCUGAUCUACCGUUAUCCCGGCAAAGCCGCCACCGUCAUCUCCGAGGACGACUUUGUGGACAAGGUAACGUUGUCCUGCUCCAUCAACGGGCACUAUGACAUCGUGUACCCCAGGAGUUACCCCGCCUCCGCCGCCCUCAGCCAGGCCCUGGUGUACGAGCUGCUCUACACCAAGGUGUUUGGUUGUGAGGAGGCGGAGCUUUCUCAGGCCGCCGAGGCCUUCAAGCUCGGAGGUCGUCGCUAUCGGAACAGUCUGUCCGCCUGUAGCGACGUCGAUGUCAGCUACGACGCCCCCGAGGACAGAGCUCACAGGGAGGAGGCGGAGGCAGGUCAGGAGAAGCUCGGAGUGUUGAGCGAGGACGUCAAGCCGGCGUGUGACGCUCCGCCGCCCGGCAGGCUGUGUCUACCUUACAAGGUGCUGAAGUCGCUGGACGGCGACGUUUACCGAAACGUGGAGUUUGACGUCUGGCAGGACAGCUGCAAAGAAAUGCAGAAGAUGGACUACAUGGUGUUUGCCGGCCGACAGUACUUCCUGGGGGACAAAUGUCAGGUGCGUCUGGAGCCCAAAGGGAAGUACUUUAACGCCUUUAUCCAGGAAGUGGGAACGCACUCGGCCGCUGUCACCGUCUUCAUCGAAGAGCUGGGAGAGAAACAUUUGGUUCCCGUGACGGAUGUGAAAGCUGUCAAUCCGGUUCCAGCCUGGAACGCGUCGGCUCCGCCCCGCAAAGGCGACCCAGACGUCGAUGGGCGAGGUCACCAGAGGCAUCAACGCCAUCGAUACUUCAGGAAGUCUCGAGGGGGCGGUGUCCUCGUCAAGGGGGCGGACCCGGCGGUGCCCCCGACCUCUUCCUACGGUGGCCCCGCCCCCGGGCCGCUCCCGCCGCGCUUCCAGCCCGUGGGCCGGCCUCCGUCGGCCGGCGCCGUGCCCUACGACCCCUACGCUCCCCCGCACCACCCCCACCAUCAGCAGCAGCAUGGCCAAACCUUCGUCGGCGCCAGAGCUUCCAGAUACGGCGCCGCCAGAAGCUUGAGCCGUGUGGUGAACCGCCACCUGGUGGGUCCUCAUCUGACCUACUACCCGCCCACCAGGCGUUACUACGAUUACGACAGCUACGCUUUCAGAUCUCGUCGCAGUCGUCGUCAUCUGGCAGCGGCGGCGGCGCUCGCCAAAGGGUGUCCCUACUUCAACGAAGACGACGCGGCCGAGCCGUCGACCGAGAUGGACGGCGCCGUGGCAUACUACCGCGUGGAUGACUCCAACCAUGACAUUUUUGCCACGCUCACUACGAGCGCUUCGGUGCCGCAACCGCAGAGUGUGGUGGCUCCGCCCCCUCCCUCAAGCGCCUCCUAUCGCCUCCAGAGAGGCUCAGGGGGACCACUCCAACUUAGCCCAUCGGCAGGGGGCGCCCUCACAUGUUCGUCAGAGGAAGAGCAGGACGCUGACGCUGUCCAACGCGAUCGGGCUGAGCUGACCCGCGACUUCAGGGACGACUUCAUGUUGGCGUGUCAGGACGAGUCGCGCGGCGCGUCGUCGCCUUGGCCUCGCUCGCAGGAAGUUGACGCGACAGAUGGCGGGUACCAGACGCCGAGCGGGUACCAGACGCCGAGCGUCUACGGCGGCGACGCCGGCGAGAGCCCCGCCGCACAGGUGACGUGCACUCUGACCCGCCGCUCGAGUCGCUCCGUUAAGGUAUACCGUGACAUCUCGGUCACGCCGCAGGACCGGGAGGAAGGAGGCCUCGUCGACUCUCCUCCGAGAGCCGACGAGGGCUACGGCUACACGGUGCAGCAGGUGGUGAAGCCGAUGGUGGUGAUAUCUUCCUCGCCGACUUCCUCCUCUUCCUCUUCGCCCUCAUCUUCGUCCCGCGUGGCCGGUGCACGGGCGGCGCCGGCACCGCACGUUCAACCUCGCUCGGUUGCCGUGGCGAUCCCAGCUCCUGCACCCUGGUUGGUGAAUGAGUUGGGAGAGGGGCUCUGCUCGGUGGUAGCGCCGCCGCCUCCUUACUCCUACGACCCCAACGGUAGCGACCUACCCAGAGACUGUCGCGUCCUUCAGUACUACUACAACCUCGGAGUGCAGGUUGCGUAUAUCUCGUGUCCAUGUAGCGUGUGCCUGUGCGUGUCACAUGGUGUGGUGACUGAUGUCCUCAGUGGUACCAUCAGAGCUGCUGGCAGCAGCAGCAGCAACAACAGCAGCAGCAGCACCAGCAGACGAUGGCACCCUACUCCCCCGCUUUGUACCCUUCCGACGUGGUCCACACCUACCAGCACUGCCCUCCUUACCUUGGCCAGGAAGCCCCCCCGCACCCUGCCCACCCGUCCUACGCCGAGGCGGGGCGCAGCGGACCGCUGCAGCCUCCGCCCCCUUAUCUGGAAGCCAACGGGACGGUGGAGUGUCAGACGGACGCGCAUGGCCUCGGCCCCGCCCAUUCGCUGGAUGGCUCCUCCUUCAAUGCGCCGCCUUCGGCCCCCGCUUUGUACCCGGACCAGAUGGGCCUCCCCUCUGUCCUGCACCUGCCUUAUGAAGCUCCGCCCCCAGCCACCUACCUGUCAUCCGCCCCGCCCCCUCUGGUACAUUCUGCCCACCACCCUUACCACACACACCACGCCUGUGUGCCUGCGCACUGGGGUGGGCACACCUCGCGGGUCUACUGCCCCGCCCCCACCCCACCCCACGUGGUGGGCUACAUUACAUCUCCGCCCACACACUUCAUCCCACCUAGCACCUGAUGCUUGUGUGCUAACCCUGGCUCGCUAGUUAUGCUGGUACCAAAGGCAGCGCCUUAAAUUGAUUUGUUUGAAUUGGUUGUCGUGGUCACGACAAAACCCUUGACUUUGCGCCGGCCACCCGGAGAGAGAUGGGCGCGGCCGGUCCCUCUUCACUGUCGAAGGGAUGUUUUUGUUACUGCCACACGGUGUCUGUUUGAUUUUUGUUCACUUGGUUCCAGGUUCAAUAAAGUUUGUCACCAGCAGAGAUAAA